GCUCUACGGUUGCCCUUUCUCUUCUGGAAAACUCUGUGUUACAGUAACUCAAGCUUUUUUUUUUUUUGCUCUGUCUGAUUCGAGUUUGAGCAAUUCUUCUCUGGUUGAUGCUUUCGUCGUCGUCGAUUCAAUCUCAAUUGCUUUUUCCGGGGAAUUGGAAUUGGCGAUGUGUGGAUUAAUGAUAUGUGAACGCGUCUUUGAAUUUGAUUCUCUGAUUUCCUGCUCUUUCUUUAGAGAUGUUUGAUUGGAACGACGAAGAGCUUACUAAUAUAAUAUGGGAUGAGGCUGGUGAGAGUGAUGACCAUAUUGUGCCUUUUCAAGAGGGGAGUGAAGAUUAUCGCAACAAGAAGGAAUGGAGUCAAGAAACUGCUAACAUCAAGCCUAGUGAGCAAAAGACACGUGGUGCUAAACUUGGUGUUCAUGGGGGAAAGCUGGAGAGCGGCUCCAAUUUAAACAUAGAUGGAGGAAUUUCCACCCCUGGCAUUGGUGUUGGCUCAUGGCCUGAUUUAUCAUUAUCUAAUGUACCCAAAACUGAUCAGGAUUCCUUGGGCACUGAAGUUUCCAACAAUUUGGCUGAAAUAACCAAAUAUAGUUCAACAAGUGGUGAGACUGGUGGGCUUGAUAAAGAUCCUGAAUUUUUUCAAGAUCCCCAUGAAGGUAAAGAACAAGGUGAUCUUGUCGACUAUAGCUGGGCUAACAUUGGAAGCUUUGAUGACCUUGAUCGUUUUUUCAGUAAUGGUGAUCCAAUAUUUGGUAAUGUAAAUCUUGGAACUGCUGAAGAGCUAUGGUCUUCAUCUAAAGAUGUGACUAACAGCCCAGCAAAAGCCUUUCCUGCAACUGCUGACUCAUCAAGUCUGGGCUUAGGAGCAUUGAGGAGCAUACCUGGAAAUUUCCAAAUUAAAACAGAGUAUGAGCAACAAGAUAACCAGUCAUUUACCCUUGCCUAUGGGAAAAUAGAUGAGCCUGCACCUUACAGUCUGCAAAAUUUGGAAUCUCCUGCAGAUAAAAAUGUAUCCAUCCAGAAGGAGCAGACAGGUGCAGAGACUGGGGGAAAGGGCCCAACAUCAAAGUCUGAUCCUGCUGCUGAAAACCUUACAACUUCUAAUGAAUUAGCAGAUAAUGAAUUUGGGCAGAAGAAACUAUGGAAAUUUCGAAAAGGGUCUGAUGAAAUUGUUGAAGGAAAUAUGUUGCAAGACUUCUAUAAUACCUGGCCUCCAUCUGGCAAUUUAUUGGGUCAAUAUGAGGAUCAAAUGGAAUCCUUCAUGGUAAAUUCUUCUCCAUCCCCAUUUGUGAGACCGCAGAAGCAGCUCCAAGGAACUGACUCAUUGCAAUUCCAGCAAAUUUCAACUCCAUUUGUUGUACCUUCUGGAUAUAGAAAUCUUAGAACCCCAUAUCCUGUGAUGACAGUGCUAUCCAGCAUCCAGCCUGGGGAAUUUAAACAACAACCUGUAGUUUCUUCCUAUGAUGCCCCCCCUGCUAAGGCAAAUGCUGUAAACAGGUCAGCAAAGGCUCCUGCAAAACCUUUGACCAUGACACCUCAAGAAAAAAUUGAAAAGUUAAGGCGACGCCAGCAAAUGCAAGCAUUGCUUGCCAUUCAGAAACAACAAAAGCAGUUUAGUCAUCAAGUUUCUUGCACCGAUCACUCUAUUUCUCAAAAGUAUGCCGAAGAAAAUCAAACCCCGCAUGUUGAGGGAAACGAGGUUGAUGAUCUUAGUACUCUUCCCUCAUUGGACCCACUCUCACCUAUGGAACAAGAUGAUUCUAAUACCACUUCUGUUGCAAUUGAUGACUAUUCAGUCGAGGAAACUUUACUUUACCGGCUUGAAGAUAUUAUUUCAAAGUUGGACAUCAGAAUUAGACUUUGUAUGAGGGAUAGCUUGUUCCGGUUGGCUCAAAGUGCAAUGCAGAGACACUACAGUAUAGAUACAAGCAGGACUAACAAAGGCAGCAGGGAUGAAAAUGAAGUUGCAAUAGAAGAAACCAAGAACCAUAACAGGAUGUCUGGCACAGAAACAGAGACCAAUCCAAUAGACCGUACAGUGGCACAUUUGCUCUUCCAUAGGCCUCUGGAGUUGUCUGGAAAGCAUCCCGAGAUGCCUGAAUCACCUGCUUCCACCAAGUUUUCAAGUGAACACAAAACUGUAGGUUUCAUGAACUACCCCAUGGGAGGCAUGCCAGAGAGUUCUAAACCAAUUAUUACUCUCAAAGGCCCUCAAAAUCCUUGCUCAUUGGUUGAUCCCCAGCCUGCUGAUCAGUUUGAAAACAGCCCUUGCAUUGACACUUCAGAGAAUGCAUCAAAUUUUGGGCCUGCAGAAGGUGGAAUUGCUGAGGUUGAAGCCUCACAAUGAAGAACAUGUAAUUCUAAAGUUCUAAAGGGUAAUUCCUUUCUUUAUUACUUCCAUGCCUAUUAAAUGUUUUCUUUGCACUGCUUGACGGAUUUACUUGUAAUGCCGAGGUUUUAUUUCCUUGUCAGCCGGCAUGAUCCUUAUGAAGUUGUUGUGGGGCAUUAACAAUCAUCGCCAGCUGAGUGGACCUAUCAACUAGGGGUCAUGGAGCCGUGGACAUUAUCAAGAUCUGUAGACUUGCCUAUGUCAGCAUAUAUGUAUUUGAUUAUAUGUGUAUCUUCUGUCAAAAGACUGUUUAGACUGUAUCCAUGCACGAACUCUCAGGAGACGACUUGCUUGUGUCGUGUGUGCCAUCCGAUCUCCACAAUACCUGAUGUUGUUUUAUGUCAUCAAACUACUUGGGUUGACGUAUAAUAAGUCUUGGCGGAUUAAUAAAUUGCCUAGUCUCUGGAUUUUCUUUUCCUUAUGAAAUUCAAAGUUUUAGGAAGCAACAGGACCUUGUAAUGAAUUUGAAGUUGAUGAAAUCGUGUAUCCUGUCUUGAUUAAAAGUCUUGAAAGUCUGGUUUGUGUAACAAUAUUUUGUGUGGUUUUCUGCUUGAUUUUCGUGUAUCAGUGAAAUUUUAUUGAUCUCGCUUGCACCUGUUUGUUUAGUUCUUGAACCAUUUUUAAUAAUAUAAGAGAAAGAUACUAAAGAUUAAACCUGUUA